AUGGACUUGGAAAAGUUCUACCGAGAAGAUCAUGCCUUCUACAAGGUCAUAAUUAGCGAUUUCAACGCCAAGACGAAUGUCGCUGUUGUACCAAAGUUCUAUACGGGAUCGGACCAUUGCCUCCUCCGAGGAAGACUUUCCUUCACAAGGAGAGCAGAGAAAGCCGCCAAGUUCAGAGAGAGAAAUCCCAGGACUACCAUCAACUGGGAUCUCUUCGCUACGUUAGCUGGCUUUUGGAAAGAUUCCGCAAUGGACAACGUCGACGAGGAAUAUGACCGGCUCGUUGAACACCUUCACGACUGCGCGAAGAAGGCUGAAAGUUUUAAAACCAUGAAGAAACGGCUAUCUCUUGAAACUCUUGAGCUGAUACGCCAGCGUGCAUCACGAUCCGCAGGGAACCAAGAACUCACGCCCGUGCUCACAAGGCUUUGCAGAGAGACGAUAAAGGAAGACCUUAAAGAGAAAAGAGCAGAAGUGCUGGCUGAAGCUGCAGAGGCGGGGAAAAGCAUCCGCUAUGCUCGAGACUUCGCCAGUCGCGAGACAAGGAUGACUGCUCUCCGGAACCCAAAGGGAACAACCAUGGCAUCGAGAAGGGGGAUGGAGAAAAUCAUCUACGACUUCUACUCUGAUCUCUUCGACAGCCAUUUCCACUUGCCUCCUCACCAUCUGAGGGAAGACAGACAUGUCAUUCCAGAGGUUCUCCCGUCCGAAAUACGACAUGCUAUCAUGUCGAGCCUUCCGCUAGUACUCAUCAACACCCUGGCGAGGCUCUUUACACGUUAUCUGUCGGAAUGCAAGGUUCCUAAACAGUGGAAGACCAGCAAGACCAUGUUAUUGUAUAAAAAGGGAGAUCCCCAUGACAUCGGCAACUAUCGCCCAAUCUGCUUACUGUCCGUCAUCUACAAGCUCUUUACAAGAGUAAUCCUUAAUAGGAUUGAAAAAGUCUUGGAUGAAGGACAGCCAUGCGAACAAGCAGGGUUUCGAAAAGGAUUCAGCACGAUUGACCAAAUUCACACUGUUUCGAAUUUCAUCGAGGUAUCACGAGAGUACAAGAUGCCGCUCUGCUUCACCUUCAUCAACUUGCUUCGACCAAGUUGA